GUUUUGUGUGUGUCCCGUGUGUAUGCAGUCUCAUUGCAGCAGUGGGAAGACCUCAACCAGAGAUAUUUCAACAUAAACUUGUAUUACUAGCCUUUGAAAUACAGUAUAUCUUGGUAGGAGUAUUAUUGGAAACAGCUGUGUGAGAGGGACUCACUAGCCAGGAUACAGUGCAGAGUUUACAGUAAGGGAAGAAGGGAGGGGGGUGAAGAGAAUAGGGGGAGGAGAGGAUGAGAUGGGGGAAGACAUCACUGCCUCCUAUCACCACCACCGCCAAAGGAAAUACUAAUCUCAAGGAACAUCUCAGCGAAUUCCUCAGGAAUCACCACGAAGUAAACCCACAAUCUGCCGCUAUACAAUUCAACCUUGUUGAUUCGGAUUAUCCGACAUUGUUUUUAGGUAAAAACCGACCAAUCGCAUGCAGCACUAUAGUGUAACCAGCCUGUCCUGCAUUUUUUACUCUGAUUUGUUUAUUUAUUUUUCAUAUUUAUAUCGCGUUUUAGGAACGCUAGCGAUAUGAUGCCUUGCCUUAUUUAGACAGUAAUAACGUGGUACCGUGGAUUGCACUGCAUGAGCUUUAGGGCGGAGAGAGAGAGAGAGACGGAUGCAGACGGACAUUGUGAUCCCUGUAAUACAGAAGAGAAGAGAUGCUCCACGGGGAUUAUUUUAAACCUCUCUGUUGACCUCUCAUCCCAUCCCGAGGAGCAGGAACAAACGCGAUUGUGCUUCAGUACUUCCCAGAAGCCAAAUACUGAUAAAUUAAUGCUGCCGAUUUAAAACACCGAGGAGAGUGAGGUUAUAAAUAUCGGACUGAAGAGGAAAUGGCCGUUUUCUUCGUGCCUGGGUGAGGAAUGUUGCGGUUCAUUUACAGUGACAGACAACUCAUGUGCCUCGUCAGACUUAUUUUAUUGUUUAACCGCGCUAAUAUUAAUUGAUGGUGAAUUUGUCAACAAUAUGGGGAGCGACAGUGAAAUAUUGAACCGGGAGCUGUCAAAAAUGUCCGAUGAAGACUUGCUGACUUGUUCUAAAGAAGAGCUGGUGAAUCGACUCCGCAAAGAAGAAUCGGAUAAGAUGUCCGCUCUCAUACAGCGCGGUCGAUUAAUAAAGGAGGUCAAUAAACAACUGCAGGGACAUCUGCUUGAAAUCAGGGAACUCAAAGUCAUCAACCAGCGGCUGCAAGAGGAGAACCAGGAACUUCGAGAUUUAUGCUGCUUUCUGGACGACGACCGUCUGAAAGUAAAGAAGCUCGCGCGUGAGUGGCAACUGUUCGGCCAUCACGCGGCCAAAGUGAUGCGCGAGGACCUCGGCGGAUACCUCAAGAAACUCGCCGACCUGGAGCGGAUGCAGGACGGUCUGGUUAAGGAAAAUCUGGAUCUGAAGGAACUUUGUUUGGUGCUUGAAGAAGAGUGCGUGAGCAGAAGUGAUUCCAGCCCGGGUGGCUCCACGGAUCUCAACAUACCGUGUAUGGUGGCCCGGGAUGUGGGUGACGGGAGCUCCAGCACCGGGAGUGUUGGCAGUCCAGACCAGCUGCACUUGGUGUGUUCACCAGAUGACUGAAGGAGAGGAGCAGAGCCAUAUUACUUAACCUUCUCUCUUGAUGCUGAGACAGACGUUUUGUCUACAAAAGUAGUUUACAUUUUCUGACAAAGACAUCUCAGAUUUCGGUGGGGGAAAAAAAAAUAGACCAGGACUUCAGUAGGCUAGUUUACUCAUGGCCUUUUGAUGCCAUAAGUACAGUUUCUCUAUAUUUCAUUGAUUACAUUUUUAUAGUUGGCAGACCUUGAAAACUUGAGGGAAAUUACUGGGUGCCAGUCAACAUAGAAUCAUUUUUAAGCUUUAAAGUGACAGCCUUUUCUUUCAAAAUCUGUCCUCCUGCUGGAAAAUCCAUCUUUAAGAAAUAGUUUACACAAAAAUGCAAAAUCUGUGUUCAUUUACUCACCCGCAUGUCAUUCCAAACCUGUACGCUUACUUUCUUCUGCAGAACACAAGAUAUUGUGAAGAAUGUUUAUUUUGAUUAACUGUUUUUAUCCAUAAAAUAAAACUCAUAGCAAGUCCAAAACAGAAUUGGACCCCAUUGACUUUUAUCGUACAGGCUUCACAAACUGGGGGUUUGUGAGGGAACUGCAAGGGGUUCAUGAGUGGGUGAAAAGCCAAUAAUGAAAUUAUAAAAAUGUAAAAUUAAAAUAAAUAAUUUUUAAAUAAGAAAAAAAUAUAUAUAUACUUUUUUCAGCUGACAACAAUGUUUGGGAAUCCCUUCAUAUGGACAGAAACACAAAUACACUUUAAUGUUUUCUGCAGAAGAAAGUCAGUCAUACAGGUAUGGAAUGAAUGAGAGUAAAUCAUCACUUGGUGUUUUGGAACAUGGUGGGCGGUUUUGUUGGUCUAAGCUAGUCGAAAAACAUCUGGACCACCUUAAAUGAUAUGACCAACUUGUCUAUUUCUGGUCUAAGACGGCUUGUGCAUUCUAGAAACCAUCCACCAUGUUUUAAAAUCUUUACAUUUUCCUGCAGGGCUAUUUAUCGUAUUAGUAGCAUUAUUUGAAUGUUUUUCCAAAUGUUGCUGGAAUGUUUCCUCUCAUCUCUUACAGGGGUUGUAGAUAGGGGCAAAUUAGGGUUUAGUUGACUUUUUAAACAACAUUUUGAGAAACUGCUAACUUUUACCAGGUUUUACUGUGCACUGAUCUGUUCACGGGCUGAUGUUUCUCCUACGAUGCACUAUGACAGGGCUGCAAUGAAUCUGCAAUCUUUAGAGAUUUACAUUUUUACUGAUUAGAGCCAUAUACUAUAAUGAUCUGUUUAAAAUCAUUUACAAAAAGCACUGAGUCAUUUUCAACAAUGGAGAGGAACUGGUAGUAUCAAACGAUUGUGCAAAGCAAAGCCUCCAUUGUAAGCAGAUCAGAUUGUUUUGUGAAAUAUGGCUGUAUCGCUUUUGCGGCGGCCCAAGAAUGAUUCACUGGAAAUGCACAUGUGACUAGACCACUUUUCUACAGUAUAAGAUUGUUAUUUCUUGUUUAUUUUGAACUGGACAGUAUAAUUCACUAGAUGUAGUGACGUGUGCUCCACUAAACAGUGUUGCUGUGUUCUGCACUGAAUCCAAAAUGAACUUUCUUUUGCAUUAACCCCACUUUAACUACAUAGCUGUACUGUACAAAGCUUUUUAUGUUCAGUUGUUGCUUUGACAAGACUUUAAUUAAUACAUGCUAAAUUGACACUGAUGUUUGGAGGGGAAAACAUUGACAGAAAUGUAGUUUUCAAAUUAUUGUGCUAUAUAUUGUUAAUAUUAUAGUAAUUUUUGUUGUAUUUGCUGCAUUCUACAAGACCCCUACAUAGGAUUGUUCUGUUGUACAUGUUUUAAUUCCAAAUAUAUGAUCAGUAUUAUUUUAAUGACUUCAGUUUUAUAGCUACAAGACCCCAGCUCUCUGAUUGAUUUGCUUUUCUUAGCAUUUGCUUUUUAUUCAGGCUAUGCUCAGUAAUUGAGAUAGCUUUAAAUACACUUGACUGACACACCA